AUGGGACCUGAUCCCACCUCUGAUAGUUUAGAGGAUAGACGCAGCUGUUAUAUUCUACUGAUCCUCCUCACUCUGUUCAGGAGGGAUGUUCUCUCCACACAGCCAUGGCAACAGUACCUGGAGUCACUGAGGACAGAUGUCAAUCAAGUUCUGCAAGAGGACGUCUGCUUCCCUCAAGAAAAUGUUUUUUGUGAAGAGAAUAAUAUUGAUGUCCACAACAUUAGACAAACUGUGUUCGCUAAUCUGCAUACCCAGUCAACGUCAUCGCGAGAGGCGUUCCGAAGAUGGAGCAUUUUAAGGGAAUUUUCCCAGCAACUUUGUGACUUGAACACAUUAAGCCUUGCUCAACCAAGUACCUUCACAGAAUCACCUUUCAGUAAUGACCUGAAUAAAAUAAUUUGUAAUAAACGUGACGGUCCCAACUGUGACUGGGCCCGGACUAGUCGCUACCGGACAGUUGAUGGGACUUGCAACAAUCUUAUAAAUCCACGCUGGGGAGCUGCCAGUACUGUCCAGAAGAGAAUGAUUCCACCCUAUUACGAGGACGGUAAUUCCUUACCUCGGGGAUUUCAACGGAUCUACCCCAAGCCUCUACCCAAUCCGAGAGAAAUCAGUGAACGACUCUUCUCUGGUCUGAGUGGUCAAACGGACGACGAUGACAAAAACUCCCUGCUUCUGUGGUCAUUUGGACAGUUCUUGGACCACGAUUUGACCUUUACUCCCACAAUGGAUGAAGGUGGCAAAACUCUUCCUUGCUGUGACGAGAAAUACAAACACAACAUAUCGACUGGUUGCUUUCCUAUUAUACGUGAUGUACAAGCAACAGAGGAGUGUAUGCCGUUCGUUAGAUCCGCACCUGCAGAGGAGCCCAGGAGACCAGAUACUUGUGGGACCGAUUACCGAGAACAGAUUAAUGAGUUGACAUCCUUCAUAGACUGUGGAAACGUUUAUGGAAAUACUUUAAUAGUGUCGAAAGCAGUGGAUGCUGGCGUCUAUGGUUUGUUAAAGUCAUCCAACAAUGGUCGUAAUCUUCCCAGAGGGAAUCCAAAUCACUGCAAAGAUGGAAAGCAAGACACUUCUUUUUGUCAAUUAGCUGGGGACAUACGAGUGAACGAGGUGCCAUCACUGGGAUUAAUGCACACAAUUUUCCUUCGCUUCCACAAUAUUUUAGCAAAAAAGCUGAAUAUCCUCAAUCCAAAAUGGACAUCAAAUACGAUCUAUCUCGAGACGAGGCGCAUUAUGGGAGCGAUCGUACAGCAUAUCAUCUACAACCAUUGGCUUCCCAAAGUUAUCGGCCCUGGAUUAAUGAACCAAUACCGGUUGUAUUCUUAUCCAGUGGGUCAGGAAGGCAAUUUUCGGUAUUAUGAUACCAUAGACCCAAGUAUUCUGAAUGAGUUCUCAACAGCUGCUUUCCGAUACGGACACGAUCAGAUUCCUGGUUUUCUGGAAAUAAGCAAUGCAAGAUUUAAGAUUGACGAUGUACUGAUGGAAACUCAAGAAAUAAUUUCAGGUGGAGGCGGCAAUCUCCGAUCAUUAACAGAACAUUUAAUGAGAACACCUGCAAAGAAAGUUGACAGUCGAUUUGAAGAGGGAAUUCGGGAGCGCCUAUUUAAGACUGACGACAAAGGCCUUGAUUUGCCUGCCCUAAAUAUACAGAGAGGACGAGAUCACGGUCUGGCCCCUUAUAUCAAAUAUAAAGAGAGAUGUAGACAAGGAUAUGAGGGGCUCCCUGAUCACGAGGAUGAACGGAGGAAUAAGUUACUGGAGAUAUAUGGCGGGAAAAUAGGUGAUAUAGACCUAUUUCCGGGGGGAAUAUCAGAGAAAGCUGUACCAAUUGGACUUGUUGGUCCUUUGUUCGGUUGCAUUAUCGCAGCGCAAUUUCAGCGACUAAAGUAUGGCGAUCGGUAUUGGUACGAAAAUUUAAACUCGUAUCCUAAUGUCAGGUUCACUUCCGAACAACUUGCUGCCAUAAAAUCGAUGACCUUUGGCAAAGUAUUAUGCGAAGUUUUCAGUGAGGAUUCCAAUCCCCUGACAAAUGUUUCUGCUGAUGUUUUUAGAGUCGGUCAGACGUCAACAAUUGCAUGUGCUGAUUCAAAAAUGGAUAUUAGUUCAUGGAGAGUUGUAACCAGGAAAUGA